GGAAUGGAAUGCAUCUUUUUCUUGUCUUUUCGCGUUCGUGAUUCUCGAUGCUCUUGAUUUGAUUGGUAUACAUGCUGUAUCUAUUAUACACACACGCCAAACCGGAAAGCAGCUGAAGAUAUCUCUUCCAACGCGUUUUUGGGUCACUUGUGGAGAUAGAAAGAGAAGGCAAAAAAAAAACGACUUUGAGGUUCGGGGUGGGUUUUGAGACAUUUUGACAUUUUGGUAAAAGCUUGGGACGAACGAACGAAUCGAUAAUCAUUUGUGAGGGGAUUUUCGGGUCUGGAGAAGAACCUAUAUUUCUCUAUAAUUGGAAGACGAAGGGAUUGCGCGCUGUGCGUAGCAGAUUUUGGAGGAGUAUAUGAACGUCGUCGUCGCAUCAUUUCAUCAGCCUUGUGUCGACUUGGUGUAAGGUGAAGUGACGGCUCGAUAUUUUGGAAACGAGCAAUGGUGUCGCAGGCAGAGCCGACCAGUUCGCUGACUGUUCGAGGUCCUUCGUCGGUGGUUUCGAGAGCGAGCACUUCGAGACAUCAUCGACGUCACGGUCGAAGUCAUACGGGAAGUUCUUCAUACGUACCGCAGAAUGAUUUUCCAAUCUUCACGCACACCGGGGAUGUGGAAAUUAUUGUAAAAGCUGGCGCGAAAACGAACCGAUACUUAUUACACCGACUUAUCCUAACGAAUUGUUCGGGGUUCUUUGAGACAAGCACAAGCCAAGAAUGGUCGAGAGCUACUGAGGUUGGAGGGACGGGUGGAGGGGAAUUGGCUAGGAUAGGUGAAGAAUCGGGCAGUGACGUGGGAAGAAACGAAGGGGUUCCAAAAAGAAGAUGGAGAUAUGAAUUGGAUAGGAAUACUGAUGAUAUACCAAUGCUCGUUCAAAGGUCGGAAACCUCACUCUCCCCCUUCGGCGCAAACGAUACUCGACCACCACCUCCCGUAAGAAACAAACCUCCUUCAUCCAACCCGUCAUUCUUCCGCUCUGUCGCAAACCUAUCCAUCUCCUCGCAUUCAACUCCAGCACCUCCGCAGAUAACACAAGAAGACCAAGAUCUGCUAAAUGACUACGAUAAUCUAUUUCGAAUCUUUUAUAAUCACCCUCCACUCCUCGAUUCCAUCGAUAUCGCUACCGCGUACGUACAAUGCAAAUCACUCCUCACACUCGCCGAUCUCUACGAUGCUCUGGCAGUUGUUGGGCCGCGUAUCGACCAUCAUCUCUUACAAUUUCAAGGUCGUCUCUGGAAACAAAUCGCCAAAUAUCCUUCCUCAUAUCUUAAGCUCGGCUUUCUCUCGCAAUCGAAAACGAUAUUUGGAGAAGCUCUCAUACAUGUUGUGGGCGCUUGGCCUGCAGGAGAAAGACAUAUUAGGAAUCAAUUGCCCGAUCAAGUAUUGGAGAUUAUAGAGGAUAAAGUCGAGGAUUUAAGGGAUAUGGUUGGGAGUGUUGAAGGGCAAUUAUUUCGAUUAACUUUAUUGACUUCAAGGGGAGAGAGGGUUAAUCCGGGUAAUGCUUAUGCGGAUUGGCUGGUGGUUAGCUUGUUCAGACAAUGGCUUGCAGAGAAUACCUCGCCGCCUCCUGCUCCUCCUCAACCAGCCCCUAGAUCUCGUCAAUCCAGUGGCUCACAUAAUACGCAUCAUUCGCGAGCUUCUUCUCUAGCGGUCACUCAACAUCAGCAACCUCCUCCAUCGACUAUAUCGCAAAAUCAACAAAUCGGUAGGACGUUUAAGUUAUUGGGUAAUGCAUCUAGUAGUGCAUAUUUAGGACAUGAAGACUGCAAGCGAUUUUUGAAGUUAACGCCAGAACAUUAUAGUAGAGAGGGGUUAAGAAGGUUUGAAAAAAGGAUGGAUGAGAUGAAGGAAAUGGCGAGGAGGGUUGUAGCACCUUUGAUGAGGUGUGGGUUAGAAGGAGAGGGUGUGGCGGUGGGAUACUUAACGUGUACGAGAGUGGAGGAGCGGGAUUUCGUUUGGUUGUAGGAGGAUAGAGCAAGGAAGUGGGAAACGGCAAUUUUUACUCCCGCUUCUCAAAACGUUCAUCACUUCAAGCUGUGGGCUAAGGGACAGAUUCUUGAGUCUUGACCUCAUAUGCAUCGUUCAAUCAAUUAUUGGUUUUCUUUGGAAUACUUGAUUGCGCUGGAACAAUCAACCAACUUAAUCGGGACAAUCAUUUGGUUCAAGAGAGAGAGAAAAGAAGAGACAGUGAAUACACGGGUCUACGAAACGAUUUUAGAAGGAGCAACUGGAAAAGAGGAAGCAAAUGCGAUAUACGAACAUGAGCAGUACGCACUUCACGAAUAAUGAGUCGAGACGAUGAUGGACGAGUCGAGCAAAACCAAGAUUGGAUGAUACGAAGAGAUAAUUUCUUCUUUUUUUCUUUUUUUCUUUUCCCUUUUUUUUUCGUAAAGGCGAGCGAGUGAUGGUUCUGGAUGGCUUGAAAUCGAAUCGAAACCUUUCUGGCAGGAUACCCUUGGCAAUUUUCUUCUUUUUUGAAUCUUUUAUUUUAUUUUACUUUUUAUGAGUACCUAUUUUUAUUUUACGUUCAUGUUUAUGGUUAUGUUUAUGAUGAUGAUUCGGAUUGGUGAGGGAGGGGAGGGAAGGGAAGUGGAGUUAUUGGCUUGGUUUCUUUUUUUUUUGAUAUGGUAGGAGAGGAGAGGAGAGGAGAGGGGGAGAGGAGAGGUUCUGGUAUGAUAGGAUUGGAUUGGAUAUGAUGGCUAUUUUGGCGGGAGGAUGUUGGGUUGGAUGCUGGAGUAGGAAUGGUACAUAGUGGUUACGUUUUAGUAAUGAAUGAAUCUAUCUAUCUACUAGCUA